CCUCAGUGGGCGGAGAAAUGCAAAUCCCCUGCUGACGAUGGGCGUCAGCGGCUUUGUCCGGGCGGCUGAGAAGGGCGGUUCUGACUGGACUUGAGCACCGCCUGGUACCUGGUGCUGAGGGAGCCAGCAUGUCUCAGUGGAAUCAAGUCCAGCAGUUAGAAAUCAAAUUUUUGGAGCAGGUAGAUCAAUUCUACGAUGACAACUUCCCUAUGGAAAUUCGACAUCUCUUGGCCCAGUGGAUUGAAAAUCAAGACUGGGAGGCAGCCUCUAACAAUGAAACCAUGGCAACAAUUCUUCUUCAAAACUUGUUAAUACAACUGGAUGAACAGUUAGGUCGUGUUUCCAAAGAGAAAAACCUGCUCUUGAUACACAAUCUAAAAAGAAUUAGGAAAGUGCUUCAGGGAAAAUUUCAUGGAAAUCCAAUGCAUGUAGCUGUGGUUAUUUCAAAUUGUUUGAGGGAAGAGAGGAGGAUAUUGGCUGCAGCCAACAUGCCUGUUCAGGGACCUCUGGAGAAAUCCUUGCAAACUUCUUCAGUUUUGGAAAGACAGAGGAAUGUGGAACACAAAGUGGCUGCCAUUAAAAAUAGCAUGCAGAUGACAGAACAAGACACAAAAUAUUUAGAAGACCUGCAAGAUGAAUUUGACUACAGGUAUAAAACAAUUCAGACGAUGGACCAGGGUGACAAGAACAGUGCCCUAAUGAAUCAGGAAGUUUUGACUCUGCAAGAAAUGCUUAACAGCCUUGACUUUAAAAGAAAGGAAGCUCUCAGUAAAAUGACACAAAUAGUAAAUGAAACGGACGUGUUAAUGAACAACAUGCUAAUAGAAGAGCUGCACGAUUGGAAGAGGCGGCAGCAGAUGGCGUGCAUCGGCGGUCCACUCCACAACGGGCUCGACCAGCUUCAGAACUGCUUUACACUGUUGGCAGAAAGUCUAUUCCAACUCAGAAGGCAAUUGGAGAAAUUAGAGGAACAAUCUACCAAAAUGACGUACGAAGGUGAUCCCAUUCCAGUGCAAAGAGCACAUCUGCUAGAAAGAGUCACUUUCUUGAUCUACAACCUUUUUAAGAACUCAUUUGUGGUUGAACGACAGCCAUGCAUGCCAACCCACCCUCAGAGGCCAAUGGUACUUAAAACUCUCAUUCAGUUCACUGUAAAACUAAGACUACUAAUAAAAUUGCCAGAACUAAACUAUCAGGUAAAGGUGAAAGCCUCAAUUGACAAGAGUGUUUCGACCCUAAGCAAUAGAAGAUUUGUCCUUUGUGGAACUCAUGUCAAAGCUAUGUCCAUUGAAGAACCUUCUAAUGGGAGUCUCUCAGUAGAAUUUCGACAUUUGCAGCCAAAGGAAAUGAAGUCCAGUGCUGGAAGCAAAGGAAAUGAGGGCUGUCACAUGGUGACUGAAGAGCUUCAUUCCAUAACCUUUGAGACACAGAUCUGCCUCUAUGGCCUGACCAUAGAUUUGGAGACCAGUUCAUUACCUGUGGUGAUGAUUUCCAAUGUCAGUCAGUUGCCUAAUGCUUGGGCAUCCAUCAUUUGGUACAAUGUGUCAACCAGUGACUGCCAGAACUUGGUUUUCUUUAAUAAUCCUCCAUCUGCCACUCUGAGUCAACUCCUGGAAGUGAUGAGCUGGCAGUUUUCAUCAUAUGUCGGCCGAGGCCUUAACUCAGAUCAACUCAGUAUGCUGGCAGAGAAGCUAACAGUGCAGUCUAGCUACAGCGAUGGUUAUCUCACCUGGGCCAAGUUCUGCAAGGAACAUUUACCUGGUAAAUCAUUUACCUUUUGGACGUGGCUUGAAGCAAUAUUAGAUCUAAUUAAGAAACACAUUCUUCCCCUUUGGAUUGAUGGGUAUGUCAUGGGCUUUGUUAGCAAAGAGAAGGAAAGGCUUUUGCUAAAGGAUAAAAUGCCCGGAACCUUUUUGUUAAGAUUCAGUGAAAGCCACCUUGGAGGAAUAACUUUCACCUGGGUGGACCACUCUGAAAACGGAGAAGUGAGAUUCCACUCUGUGGAACCCUACAAUAAAGGCCGGUUGUCUGCUCUGCCAUUCGCUGACAUCCUUAGAGACUACAAAGUUAUUAUGGCUGAAAACGUUCCUGAAAACCCUCUGAAGUACCUAUAUCCUGACAUUCCCAAAGACAAAGCCUUCGGUAAACACUACAGCUCCCAGCCAUGUGAAGUUUCAAGACCAACAGAACGGGGAGACAAAGGUUAUGUUCCUUCUGUUUUUAUCCCCAUUUCAACAAUCCGAAGUGAUUCAACUGAGCCACAUUCUCCAUCAGACCUUCUACCUAUGUCUCCAAGCGUAUAUGCAGUGCUGAGAGAAAACCUGAGUCCCACCACCAUUGAAACUGCAAUGAAGUCUCCAUAUUCUGCUGAAUGACAGAUGAACUUCUGAAGCUCAAAAGAAGGAAGCAAAUGAAAACAUUUAAAGACUGAAAUAUGCUAACAAUCACAUCUUAUUUCUUCAGCUUUAGAUGUACCAGUUCCCAGGAAAUGGUUGACAUCUGAAGCCUUCCAUUCACUGGCAUGGCACUCCCAACUGGAGUGUUGUUAUUGAAAUGCUAAAAUCAAAACUUUAGAUAACUUUCAAGAUAAGACACUUUAAGAAAACCACUGUUAAUAUAAUUUUAACAAAAGGCCCGUUUGUAUGUGUUUGUUUCAUUUCCGAUUUUGUUUCUCACAUAUUACUUAUGAUUUUGGCUCUAGAAGGUUGAAAUAUGUUAAAAUUUCAGAAUAAGGUCAAAGCCAAGAAUUAGAGAGUCACACUUACAUUACUCAAAAACCAGUAUGAACGCCUGAAGGAAAAGCCCAAUAAGCCAAGUCCUGAGCUCUGGCAAGUUAAGAGUCAUCACACUAGAUACAAGAUGGAGGUAAUGAAGGAGCAAUUCCGAGGUGUCCUGUGGUGAAUUAAGAAUCCUCUUGAUGGCUGUAUCCA